AUGACGACACAGGGAGAGAAUGCUACUGCACCUUCACAGCCAACCUCAGACAGCAUCCCCCCAUCUUCAGAGGCACCAGCACCAAGUUCACCUUCACCUGUCAAGACCUCACAACCAGAGACCUCAACCCCAGCACCAACAAACCCCCGCCUGACAGCUCUAGCAACCAAGAAAGCCACUCUCGAACAAACCCUCGCCGACCUCCAAGCCCAACGCUCCGCAAUAGUCGCUCAAACCACACUCCCCUCAGGUCUAGCAAUGCCCGCAGACUGGAACGAAGAACAGCGGACCAAACAGGCUCUCAGUGGCGCGAACAGUAUCAUCAAGGAGCAUAUUGCUCUUCUGCACAAGUACAAUGAAAUGAAGGAUAUCGGGCAAGGACUCAUGGGUCUGAUUGCCGAGCAGAGGGGUGUGAGGGUCAGUGAGGUGAUGGAGGAUUUCGAUAUGGGGCGGAAGGAUUAA